AUGCACGGAAGCCGGUCGACCGGCGGCAGCUUGACCACACGUGGAUCACACGUCGUCAGUGUGACGGCGCCUUCACUUCCGUUGGAGGAGGAGACGGUAUGGAAGCAGCCAGCGAUCAAGGGACUGCAGGAGCGUAACACACCUCUCGAUGCGGAGUCAAAAGGAGCUAAAGAUUUGCCGCAGGCUGGCCAAGCUGCGCCAAGCCUUGGAGAUGGUGCAGGCAGCAUGGACCAAGCAUUGACAGCGCCGGACGACCGCCGAGAAGACCGAACGACGACGAGCAGAAGAGCCAACACGCCAAGGCGGCUACGGCCCGACUGCAAAAGCGGCGCCAAGACCAGCGAGGCGGCUGCGACCGAAGGAUCACGCUGCAAAGCCGAGCCACCCGUCUGCAUCCCUGGCCAUUCUCAUGCGCUUUACGCGCAAGAGCAUGUUCUCAUCUGCGCUUCGCCCGAACCCUCUUUCGCUCCCUCUCGCUCUCGCUCCGCCGUCAUUGCCAACGGCUCCCUGCUCCCCCGCUUCAUCCUCACUCUCACUCUCACCCUCUUCCUCACCCUCAUCCCCUGCCACUGCCCCCUGCCCCCCUCGUCGCUGAAAGCCGAGGCCCAACCUCGCCCCCCCAACCCUACAACUAUCUCCGCUUUGUCCUCUCCUCAUCUAGCGCUUCCGCAGCUUUUCGCAGCCUCUUCCACCUUGCGCUUGAGCUUGUUGCCCGCUCAACGCCUUGCGCUUCCGCAUCGUCGCAUCCCGCUGCGUCUCGGUCGUCGUCGAUCGCUCUUGCAUCGCCCGCAGCAACCUCCCUUCUCUUUCGAAAGCGGCUUGCAUCGGAUCCCUCACCCUCGUCCCGCAGCCGCACCGACAACAGUGGGCUCCACUUCAUUUCGCACUGCCCCCUUUCCCGCCGGCCGACACUCCCAACCCGCCAACCCGUCUGCCCCACCGCACAACCACAGCCUCGCUGCCGACAUCGCCACCAACACGCUUCUAAGAGACCGUCAACCCACCAUCAUCUUCCACCUUCCUUCCGCCACGCUUAACCAUUGCUCGGAUUGA